AUGGCAAACCAUUUUGAGAAAGAAACAAGAUUGGAGGUUGUUGAUCUCGUCGUCGAUUUUGGUGAUGGAGUGUUGCUCAUGAAUCUUCUUGAAAUUGUGUCUGGAGAAAAAAUAGGAUGGCCGAUCAGUUACCGUAAAACUCAGGAACACUCCAACUGUUAUGUGCGAGUAAACCCACUAGAGCUAGAGGACAAUUACUAUGAGGAAGAAGGAGAGCGAGGUGAGCGCAAAAAUAUGCCAAAGAUGCACUUCUAUUACGGUGCCAGCGUAAAACGACCGGUUACCGCAACGUCGGGACGUCCUCUUGAAGCUGAAGAUGUUGAUGCUGCUCGUCCAGAUGAGAAUUCGGUCAUCAUCUGCAUGCCACUAUAUCAUCACUUCCCAAAGCGAAAGACGGAGUUGAAUGGAGGUGGUUGA